UGAUCUAAAAUCCGAAAAUACGAAGCUGCGGCUCCAAAUCAAAUCACAUGAGAAAAGUGAGGCUUAAUUUCUAUGGCAAGAUGGCGGAAGGUGAGGUGAGCAAAUUGCAGAAUCACCUGAGGUUACUUCGCGAGGAAUACGUGAAACUCCAAGAACGCUUGGUCGAGGUGGAAAAGAAAUACCAUGUCGCUAUAGCAACAACUGGACAGAGCGCUGGCAGCGACGACAGUUUCGUCUCUCGAUUGCUCAAGACGGUCGGAGAACUGUUCAACAAGGAGACCUACAGUGAUAUCACCAUCCUACUCCAAGGUGGCGAGAUCAAAGCCCACAAGUUCAUUAUGACAGCACGUUCCAGUGACUGGGGCCCUGGAAUAGAUAUUUCUAAGGUGUCCCAGCUGGAUCUCACAGAUAUCAGCUAUGAUGUUGCAUACGCCUUACUGAAGUGGGUCUACACGGACGAAAUAAACAUAAAGAGUGAAGAGACAUUCCUAUUGGAGCUCCUGAAGGUUUCUGCAAGGUUCCAGUUGGAUACUCUUGGAACAAGGUGUGAGAAUGCAUUGAUGUCAUUCGUUACUAUGAAGAACUGCAUCAAGUUCUACCAAUCUGCCGAAGAAAUGGAUGCCAACAUCCUCAAGAAGCACUGCUCUGAGCUGAUAUCCUCCCAUUGGGAUGAUUUUACGAGUGAGGAUUUUGCAAACAUGCCUGCUGCUCUUCUAUACAGGAUGUUCAAAUCAAAAUCGGAGUACGUACUCCAUACAGCCAUAAGGGUGAAGAGAGAGGAUGUGGUGUUCCUCUACCUUAUUGAGUUCGAUUCCCAGCUGAGCGUGAAGCUGAACGAAUUGGACACUCGUGGAGACAUACCUUUGGAUCUGGCUUUGCUGAGCCGGCAGGAGAGCAUCGCACAACUCCUGGUCUCGCACAGGGCCGAUGUGAAUCGUAAAGACAACACAGGCCGCAGCCUUCUGCACAAAGCUAUAAAAAGAGGUAAGCAUCUCGUUUUGUUUGUUUCUUUCCUUGUUCAUGCUGAAGAUUUCUAA